CCUUCUACUGUCACCUGUCUCAGGCGAUUUGCCUCAUUCCGACUACAGUCAGCACUCCGACAACUUAUCGAACAUGUCUUCCAUGGCUCUGCUGGCGAUGAUCUACAUUUCCCUGGCGAUUCUCGGCUACUGGCAGGUGGAGGGAAGGCGGGCGAAGAAGCCGACCUACUACGACUACGACGAUGAGUCGGACUUGUUCGAGAAGAUGGCCGACCAGGACUAUCACCUACAGUCGAGCUCACACAGCGGCGACGCUGAGGACCCCAUGGACGAGGUGCUGGACACCAGUGACUUGGACCUGAACCUCGACUACCGCAUGGGCAAGAACAAGGAGCGUUGGCAGCGCAAGUCGCACCGCCAGUUUCCCGAUUCCUGGGCCAAGUUGGUCCAGGAGGGCGAGGAGGAAGUGCAGCUGGAGCAAAGGGAGCGAGGCGGCCACUUCGAUGCCGACUACCAGAUGAUCGACGAGGAGGACGAGCAGCAGCACUGAGCUACACACCACAGAGACACCACUCGCAUUCCAAUUUUGUCCAUUCCAAGAACCAACUGCCUGUUUGCUAUUUCCUUGAAUUCCUUGAACUUGAGUUGGAAACAAUCCUUGCAUAAAUAUAAC